AUGGCCCAGAGCUCCAAAGCUCAGAGCCGGCAUGCCCUCUCGCUCAAGACGGUGACAGAGAGCGGAGCCAUUUGCAGGUUCUUGCACAAGUGCAGGAACGAUGAGUCUGGUGUCGUUGCCAUGACGUUGAAGAAUGAUGGAGCUCGGCAUUUGUUAGCACUCGGCUCCAAGGAAGACAAUUUCGUUGCAGCAAGCACUGUGGCCAAGAUAUUCCAGCGCAAAGCCGACACAGGAAAAUCCAAAGGCGUCACCGAGCUUGAAGAAAGCCAAGGGGCUCACUUUGGUGCAGUGUACGAACACCGUGACUCUGCCGGAAAGCCCCGGCUCAUUGGCUCCACAGAUACCAUGCCAGAGAAGCAAUUUGCGCUGGACAGCAAGAGCCAUGCUGUGAGAUCGCUGCGAGAUGUGCGGCCUGAAGUGGUUUGGGCGGGAGUUGGCCUGGGCGAGGUGGGAGCAAAAGAGAUGGCAGAGGUGCGCCAAGCAGUCUUGGCGGCCAGAAGUGAGCGGCUGCAGAUUGAGAAGCUUGGCAGCGUCAAGCCAUAUUCGCGACAUACCUAG